AUGCAGUGGCUUUUAGUGUAUUCACAGAUAUCUGCUCAGGAAGCAAUCCUGCAUGCGUCUGGAAAUGGCAAACCUGUACCGUCUAAGGACUACUGCAUGCUCUAUAACCCUCAUUGGACAGAUCUUCCAAGUACCCUAGAAAAUGCAACUUCCAUCAGUUUGAUGAAUCUGACUACCACACCAUUGUGCAAUCUUUCUGAUAUUCCACCUGAAGGAAUAAAGAGCAAAGCAGUUGUGGUACAGUGGGGAACCUGCCAUUUUCUUGAAAAAGCCAGAAUUGCAAAAACAGGAGGUGCUGAAGCAUUAUUGGUUGCCAAUAACAGUGUCCUAUUUCCUCCCUCAGGGAACAAAUCUGAAUUUCAUGAUGUGAAAAUAGUGAUUGCAUUUAUAAACUACAAAGAUUUUAAAGAUAUGAAGCAGACUCUUGGAGAUAACAUUACUGUGAAAAUGUAUUCUCCAUCGUGGCCCAACUUUGACUAUACUAUGGUAGUUAUUUUUGUAAUUGCUGUGUUCACUGUGGCAUUAGGAGGCUAUUGGAGUGGACUAAUUGAAUUGGAGAACAUGAAGGCCGUGACAAACACUGAAGAUAGAGAAAUGAGGAGAAAGAAGGAAGAAUAUUUAACUUUUAGUCCUCUAACAGUUGUAAUAUUUGUGGUCAUCUGCUGUGUUAUGAUGGUCUUACUUUAUUUCUUCUACAAAUGGUUGGUUUAUGUUAUGAUAGCAAUUUUCUGCAUAGCAUCAGCAAUGAGUCUGUACAACUGUCUUGCUGCACUAAUUCGUAAGAUACCCUGUGGACAAUGCGCGAUUACAUUUCGUGGCAAAAGCAUUGAAGUGAGACUUAUCUUUCUCUCUGGACUAUGCAUAGCAAUAUCUGUUGUUUGGGCUGUAUUUAGAAAUGAAGAUAGGUGGGCUUGGAUUUUACAGGAUAUCUUGGGGAUUGCUUUCUGUCUGAAUUUAAUUAAAACACUGAAGUUACCCAACUUCAAGUCAUGUGUGAUACUGCUAGGCCUUCUCCUCCUCUAUGAUGUAUUUUUUGUUUUCAUAACACCAUUCAUCACAAAGAAUGGCGAGAGCAUCAUGGUUGAACUUGCAGCUGGACCUUUUGGAAAUAAUGAAAAGAAUGAUGGAAACUUGGUGGAAGCCACUGCUCAACCCUCAGCUCCCCAUGAGAAAUUACCGGUAGUCAUCAGGGUACCAAAGCUGGCCUAUUUCUCAGUAAUGAGUGUGUGCCUCAUGCCAGUUUCAAUACUGGGUUUUGGAGACAUUAUUGUACCAGGACUGUUGGUUGCAUACUGUAGAAGAUUUGAUGUUCAGACUGGUUCUUCUUCUAUAUACUAUGUUUCCUCCACAAUUGCCUAUUCUGUUGGCAUGAUACUUACAUUUGUGGUUCUGGUGCUGAUGAAAAAGGGGCAACCUGCUCUCCUCUAUUUAGUUCCUUGCACACUUAUUACUGCCUCAGUUGUUGCUUGGAGACGUAAGGAAAUGAAAAAGUUCUGGAAAGGUAACGGCUAUCAGGUGAUGGGCCACCUGGACUAUGCAACAAAUGAAGAAAGCCCUGUGGCUGCUGGCGAACAGAAUGUCCAACAAUAAUAUUUUGUAGACCUGUCAAUUGAUUUUCUACAAAUAGAGUUUGACUUUUGAAAUUGAUUUUUGAAUUGACAGUCUGAAAGAAGCUUCAAUGAUAUGCUUGCAAAUAUAUAUUUUUAAAGAGCUGGUACUGACAAUUACAUCAAAUAGUUGAAAUACAUUUGCUUUUAACUAUGUUAAAGUUGUGCCUUCACAUUAAAUAAAAGCGUAUGGUCUGUGU